CGACAGUGAAAUGCAGUGGAAAAUAUGGAACAGAAAGAGUGCUAAAGAGCUUGUCAUCUUACCUCGGAGGCGCGCACAAGCGAGCGGUAGAAUCAAAUUAGUUUAUUCAAAAGCGGUACAGUUCGCUGCCCAUGUCAGGCGCUGAAGCCAGAUGCACUUCUUUUUUUAGGUUUGUCGAUAUGCACUGUCGGCACUUAAGCGAGAAUUUAUUUUGCGUACUGUCACUCCGAAGCUUGCUUCGACCGUGUGCUGCGAUACCCCUUUGCGUCUGUCCUUCAGCAGUUGCUUUUGAAUUGUACCGGAAAAUCAGGGAAUUAGGCACUGAACGACAAAGCGAAGCGCUAGAAUCACAGAGCCACCGAUUGAACCGUAAGAAGUAUGUUACAAACAGAUCAAGUACUGAAGGCCUUGAAACUUUUCGUGAUAUGCAAGAAUUUUUGGUGUAGACUGUACAAUGCCACAAAGGGAGCUAGAAAGACAGGGCGGUGUUUCCAAUCAAACGACGUUAACCGCUGCGACGGCUUUUCGAUAGCCUGGGCUCUAUGCAAGAACU